GGGUUGGAAGCGCCUGUUGCGCAGACGCCGUCACAUUCGAUCAAGCAUGAAUGACCACCGCCGUCGUAAGCUCCUCUUGGCACAGAAGGUUGACCGCUACGACGGCCAGUCCAUCUUCAUCAACGGUGAACUGCGCUACGAACUCGGCGGAUACCUCGGUGGCGGCACUGCUGGCGUGGUCUACGAAGCCUUUUGUCCUUCAACGAAGCAGCAUGUCGCCCUUAAAAUCCUCAACCCCAUCGGGUACAAGCUGAUGCCAACGUCACUCCUCGCGCGAUGUCUCGUGGCAAUCAAGGGUCGUCAAAUGGAGCCCGACGUUGUGAAUGGACUGCAACCCAUGCGAAAUGAGCAUGUGUGGUGGUUGGUGCACCAAUCGUCGAAACAAGCUAUUGCAGCUUACGAGGACCCGCGAUCUGGUGCCGUGAAAGAACUGACGUUGCCGCGGUGCAUCGAGGUCUGGGGCACAACCUUUGACGACGACAUCGGCGACGACGACAAGGGCGCCGUGCGGGACAUCGCCGUCAAAGGACAGCUCUACAAGAUACCCUUUGUUCCGAAGAAAUUUGUCAAGUUCGCGCGGAACCGGUGCUCGAUCUAUCGGGAAAUCUCAAACAUGUCGGAGCUCGACGCACACGUGAAUGUGCUUCGGCUGGACGAUGCGUUGGAGCUGCAACAAGACAGCAAGUGUACCAUCUUCCUCGUCCUCGAGUUGGCGGCGGGCGGCGAACUCUUCGACCGCAUCAAGCUCGACUGCGGCACGGACGAAGCGACGGCGCGGGCGUACUUCAAGCAGCUUGUGUCUGGGGUGGCGUUCUGCCAUCAGUCUGGCGUGUGCCAUCGCGACCUCAAGCCGGAGAACCUUCUUCUCGCGGACAACGAAGAGUUGUCGACGUUGAAAAUCGCCGACUUUGGCUUGUCUGCUAUUUUUUCCAUCACGGAGCACACGAACGGCGACUCGACGACUGCGAUCCGCCGCCUGCGCUCGGUUGUCGGGUCGCCGCAUUAUGUUGCCCCGGAAGUGCUGCAGGAUGCGUCUGGACAGGGCUACGACGGCGCCAAGGCCGAUGCAUGGUCCAUCGGCGUCAUCUUGUACGCGAUGUUGGCGGGCAAGCUCCCGUUUGGAAAGGACCUGCUCAAGUGCGUUCGGUACGACCGAUUCAAAAAGUGGUCCCAAGCCACUAAGUACAAUGACGACGACGACGACCUGCAUGACGAUGGGGAUUCGGAGGACCCGGCGCAGGAACAUCGAGAUGCUGUGGUCUUUCCCGACUGGUUCUUUCCCGUGCAGUUUUCGUACGACGUCAAGGCGCUGUUGGCUCAACUCUUAUACCCCGAUCCAUGUCUCCGCUUGUCUGUGGAUGAAGCGAUGAAGCAUCGGUGGGUCCUCGAUCGGCCACGGCGACUCCUGCGGCAAACUCAUGAUGUCCUCCAAGACACGGCGGUGGGGUUGCAAGGUUCUGCUGUGGACGCUCACGACACCGCAACUGCGCUCCAAACGACUUCAGACGUAGGCAGCGUGCUGAAAAACCCACACCAGGACAAUGAAGACACAGUGCGAUGGCCCCAUCAAGUGCAACAGCAUCAUCAUGGACACAUUGUUCGCAACAUGCACAACUUGCAUGUGUCGUUGACAUCGCCGCCGCCACCGCCGUCGUCAUUGAUCCGAAAGACAACGUCGCCGUUGUUUCAAAAGGUUGUGUCCCCACAAUCGCUCACGAACUGCAACUCGUCAACGCAUCGCGGUCACGGAAUGGGGUUGCAUCGACCAGGGUACAUGCCAUCCGUGGACGAGACGGGGCCCCUGCACACACCCAAACACCAAAAGGAUCGAAAAGACCAAGCCGCGGAGUGCGAGACCUGCAAGCGUACCAACUGCAGCUGCGACGACGACGUCGCAACGACAGUAUUCAAGAGCGAUCCGUUCUUGUCGCCUCCGCUUGCGCCCCUUGAUGACCCCGUCACCUCGGGCAACCUCGCUCCCCCGACACCCUUUUCGUUGUCUACGUGGUAAUUUAAUACACGCGUCCAUUCGCA